CGGGACUCCUGGUCUUUCCACUGCACUGCGCCGCCUGGGUGCACGACAGACCCAGGGACUUUCCAGGGCCCCUUUGGGAAUGGAACGGGAAGAGGGUGGGAAGGUUAUUCAGAGGCCAACGUGAGGAAUGCGGUGGCUGAUGCAAUGAUUCCAUUUUCCGUGCAAUGCACUGAACUGUUCGACUCUCAGGAGAGUUUCAUUGGUCCCCACCGCACCCCACUCCCACCCAUCCACCCCUACCCCCGCCCCAGACACACACACAGCCCACCCCUGAUUGGGCAGCCUCAUCAAGGAAGUUGGUCAAGAGGCUGUAGUGUUGGUGAGAAAUGGGCUGAUUUCUAAGAAACCCAAUUGGAAAUAGCUGAAGGGUGGGGUGAAAAGAAAACAAAAAGUCUUGUUUAAAAAGGAAACUGAAAGAAAGAGGGAAAGGACUAUAAAAGAAGAGUCCAGCUGCUGAGAGCAGCCUCAACUGCUCCCGUGGCCGCCUCUGCAGUGCCUCCCAAGCCAGCUUGUCCGGACCACUGAGCAGCCCUUCCACUGCCCAGCUGUGACCCUGGUCCCAGGAGAUGGCGGACGAGCACGGCUGCGCCUCCGCGGUAGAGCUGUUCCACAAAAUAGUUACCCAAGGGGAGCACGUGAGGUCCCUCAAGGCGGGGCUGGCCUCGAAGGAUGAAGUUGACUCUGCAGUGACGCUGCUGCUGUCACUGAAAAUGGCCUACAGAGCUGCCACCGGCGAGGACUUCAAGGCCGACAGCCCUCCCGGGGAGCCAGGCCCAGCAGGCAGCAGUGCCUCGGAGGCAGAAGAGGAUUUCGUGGACCCAUGGACCGUGCAGACAAGCAGCGCAAAAGGCAUUGACUACGACAAGCUCAUUGUUCGAUUUGGCAGCAGUAAAAUCGACAAAGAGCUGGUGAACCGGAUAGAGCGAGCCACGGGCCAGCGACCACACCGCUUCCUGCGCAGGGGUGUCUUCUUCUCUCACAGAGACAUGAACCAAGUCCUUGACGCCUAUGAAAACAAGAAGCCGUUUUACCUGUACACGGGCAGAGGCCCCUCUUCCGAAGCCAUGCAUAUGGGCCACCUCAUCCCGUUUAUUUUCACAAAGUGGCUGCAGGACGUGUUUAACGUGCCCCUGGUCAUCCAGAUGACGGACGACGAGAAGUACCUGUGGAAGGACCUGACCCUGGACCAGGCCUACGGCUACGCCGUGGAGAACGCCAAGGACAUCAUCGCCUGCGGCUUUGACAUCAACAAGACCUUCAUCUUCUCCGACCUCGACUACAUGGGGUCGAGCCCAGGCUUCUACAGGAAUGUGGUGAAGAUUCAGAAGCACGUGACCUUCAACCAAGUGAAGGGCAUUUUCGGCUUCUCGGACAGUGACUCCAUCGGGAAGAUCAGCUUUCCUGCCAUCCAGGCUGCUCCCUCCUUCAGCAACUCCUUCCCCCAGAUCUUCGGAGACAAGACAGAUGUCCAGUGCCUCAUCCCCUGUGCCAUCGACCAGGAUCCUUACUUCAGGAUGACGAGGGACGUCGCCCCCAGGAUCGGCUAUCCCAAACCUGCGCUGCUCCACUCGACCUUCUUCCCUGCCCUGCAGGGGGCCCAGACCAAAAUGAGCGCCAGCGACCCCAACUCCUCCAUCUUCCUCACAGACACGGCCAAGCAGAUCAAGGACAAGGUCAACAAGCACGCGUUUUCUGGAGGAAGAGACACCAUUGAGGAGCACAGGGAGUUUGGGGGUAACUGCGAUGUAGACGUGUCCUUCAUGUACCUGACCUUCUUCCUGGAGGAUGAUGACAAGCUGGAGCAGAUCAGGAAGGACUACACCAGCGGAGCCAUGCUCACCGGCGAGCUGAAGAAGGAGCUCAUCGAGGUCCUGCAGCCCCUGGUCGCGGAGCACCAGGCGCGGCGCAAGGCGGUCACGGAUGAGAUCGUCAAAGAGUUCAUGACUCCCCGCAAGCUCUUCUACGACUUCCAGUAGCGCCCGUGUUAUACCUGCGCGCCCUGUGCCAACCCCCUGCCCAGUGCCGUCCCCACUCCACCCAGGCCCUGCCCCCGGUGACUCGGGCCUGGGCCUGUGAGCCUGUGUGUCUGUUGGUGCCCUUUCUCCCUGCGAAUGUUGUCCCUGCUGUCUCCUAUGGGCGAAACUGCGAGCCACCAGGGAGACAGGGCGGGGCGUGGUCAGGCAGGAGGUCCCACUGGAGGCCCCCCUGCAAGGCAAACCCAGGACGCAGAGCUUGGGGCGCCAGCGUCCGUGGCCAGCCCACUCUGGCCCGAAAACACCUGCGGUUCCACACAGGCUCUUAAAGCCUGCCGGUAAAAGAACCUGGGGUCUCCACGUGCAUAUCUGGAAUCCAAAUGCCAUUAUUAGAAAACCAAAAAGUACUUUGGAAAGUUGAGGUGGGGGAGUUUAACAGGCACAAAAGCACUUCAGCCCAUCCCCCUAAAACCAAAAAUAUCGCCAGCUAGAAGCUGACCUGUGCACCUGACCGAGAGACCUCCCAGCUUGAAAGCCUCUCUUAACACAGUGUCAGCUCACAUUGGCCACCUUUAUUAAACGGAACCUUUGUGGGAGAGGGAGAGACGUCCAGUUCCCUUUCUCUGGACCGCAGGCCUUCUCCGUAAGCCACGCCCCCCCCGCCCCUCCUGACGCUGUGGGCCUCCACCCGCAGCCCUGCGCACACCCCCAGCUGAAAGCCAGGCAGGGCCUGUCACCUUUGCAGCCACUGUUGUCUUGGCACCUAACUGGCGUGGAGGUCCGCAGGGGUGGGUGGAUGUGGCUACAGCACACGCAGCAGCCCCGGGGCCCUCAGCCAUGCGCCCGGGCAUUUGGGAAAGCCCCUUGAGGAGGCGCAGGGUCCGCCCCGAGCGCUCUACCCCCGUGUUGCUUGUUGGCAUAAAUAAACUUCCUUUGUUCCCGCCUGUGUGGCUGUGCUGUCCAGGGUUUGGGUGGGACAGAGGCCUCAUAUCAGGCCCCUGGUGUCUGCUGCCAAGCACUGGAGCCCCUCCGUGGAUGGCCCUUGAGUGCCCCAGGGGCCCAGCUGGGGAUGUAGGUGGGCGACAUCCCUGUCCUGGGAGCCCCGGGUGCAGAGACGCAGGCGCCCAGGAAUCUGCAGCCAUCUGGGCCUGGGUCCUCACACCUCGUGUUCCCACAGGCUGGGGGGAACGCAGGCAGGGUCCUGGUUUUCGCCCAGGGGAGCCAG